AUGGGCCUGGCUGGUCAGAACAUCUGUUUGUCUACAGGCAACCCUCCAUACCCUUUGCCAAUUACCAAUGCAGAAUGCGGACCUCAGGUUGCGGGAACUGUUUUCAAUAGCACCAACUCUGAUGACUGGGAGGCCUACAUUUCAUGUCCAUUGAAUGCCUGUUGCGAUGCCUUUGGCCAGUGCGGUAUUACACCAGCUUACUGUAAUCGCACCUUUGCGGACAACAACAACCCUGGAACCGCAGCGAAUGGAUCAUACGGAUGCCUUUCGAAUUGUGGAACAACAACCACAAACUGGGCAGUUCCUCCUUCAAGCUUCUACAAGGUCGGCUACUACGAGCCCACUAGUGUGGAUCAAUCCUGUCUCCAGAUGAGUCCGCUCUCAAUUGACACAUAUGUAUUGACUCACGUCUAUUAUGCGUUUGGCAGUAUUUCUUCGGACUUCUCCAUCAAUGUGGAUGGAUAUGAAACAGAGUUCUCGGAGUUCAUGGAGCUGAAAGACGUCAAGCGUGUUAUGUCCUUCGGCGGCUGGGAUUUCUCUACCGGGUUGGAUACAUAUAUGAUCUUUCGCGAGGGAACUACUGCAGCACACAGAUCCACCUUGGUAGAGAACAUAGUUAACUAUGUUUCUGAUACCGGUCUUGAUGGUAUCGACAUUGAUUGGGAGUAUCCAGGCGAGCCAGAUAUCGCAGGCAUUCCGGCCGGAAGCGAUGACGAAGGAGAUAACUACCUUGCUUUCCUCAAAGCGCUCAAGGCCGCCCUACCUGACGACAAAAUUCUCUCAAUUACGGCUCCUUCCUCGUACUGGUAUCUCCAAGCCUUUCCAAUUUCCGAGUGGCAGAUGUAG